CUCGGUUGUCAGCCAGCGGCGGACGUCCACCGGCCUUGGAAACAGUUACCUUGGCGCCGGUAAGAUGAAUGGGACCGCUGGGAUCACUCCGGACUCCGAAACGUCACAAACUGUUCAGAUAACAACGGAUGAACAGGGGAACUCGACGUAUUAUCUCCAAUCUGCACAAGCCGUCCCCACCCAAGCGUUCGUAUAUUGUACGACAAACCCUGUCCCGGCCUCAGGUGGAAAUGCCGACACCGUGUAUACUUCCGCUGGCGGGACGACAUUUUACGCGACGACGACCGAGGGACAAACGGUCGCGUUCAGCGGAACGCCGACGGACAUAAGCGAUGUCGAGACGAGACCCAUGUCCGUAGACGAUGAAACGUCAAGGGGUCCCGACGAAACGCAGGCGACGUCGCUCCGCGACAUGGAUAUCGUCCACGUUCGAUGGUUGAUAGACAACUACGAGACAGCGGAAGGAGUUUCGCUCCCGCGGUCCACGCUCUACAACCACUAUCUGCGUCACUGCUCCGAGAACAAUCUCGAUCCAGUGAAUGCGGCGAGUUUUGGUAAACUCAUCCGGAGCGUAUUCCUCGGUCUGCGUACCCGGCGUCUGGGGACCAGAGGGAAUUCUAAGUAUCAUUAUUAUGGUAUCAGAGUGAAGCCAAGUUCUCCGCUUGCGGGUCUUCCGGUCGAGGAUUCGGACUCGAACCCACCGCCGGUCAUCGUGAGGCCGAAGCCCGUCACCGUGAAGCGAUGCUUGGGAAUUUCAUCGGACGUUUCUCCCGAUGUCAAGCCCAAAGUCGAUGACAUGAACGAGGCGAACCUCGCCGAGGUGAGCCUCGCAGGCAGCAAGGGCUUCCUCGGAGACCCCUCGCAGGCGUUGCCUUCUCAGUUGAUGAUGGUUCUCAUGUCGGGCGAGGGCGAGUUCAUCGACGAGAAGGAAGCGUACAAUUUCACUCUGAACUAUCGCGAAUAUUGUGAAUCUCUCCUGGACGUGAUCGUGAAUCUCCAGUUCCAGAAGGUGUCCCCCCUCUGGCAGCAGUUCUUCAUCACAUCCCCCAGUACGCCCGAGGAGGAGAAAAAACGCGACCACCUCCACCGGGUGCUCACGUCUCCCAGCGUGGUGACCUUCAUCCGGACUACAGAUACUCAAUUCUAUCACAAUCUCGUCCACGUUCUCAUCCCGGACGUUCUCCGGCCGGUGCCUGCGGCGCUCACGCAGGCAAUCAGGAACUUCGCCAAAAACGUCGAGCAGUGGAUGAGCAGCGCCAUGCAGAAAUGUCCGGAAGAAGCCAAGAAACUCAAACUUUCGUUAAUUAACUCAUUCGCCCAAACUCUGAGACGCUACACCUCACUGAAUCACCUCGCACAAGCGGCCCGUGCGGUCCUGCAAAACUCUGCCCAAAUUCAACAGAUGCUGCUCGAUUUGAACAAAGUCGACUUCCGGAACGUCCAAGAUCAGGCCUCAUGGGUCUGCGAAUGCGAUCCGGGUCUCGUUAGAGUUCUGGAACAAGACUUUAAGCGCCAACUCGAGAGUCAGGCUAGUCUAAGCGAUUGGGCUCGCUGGUUGGAACAGGUUGUCGACAAAGUUCUCGAGAACACGCUGGAUAUUGUGAAAUCGUCACGUCGCUUCCUAUUGACCUGGUCGUUUUACUCGUCGAUGAUCAUUAGGGACCUCACAUUACGAUCUGCGUCUUCAUUCGGAUCUUUCCACUUGAUUAGAUUACUGUCGGACGAAUACAUGUUCUACCUCGUUGAGCAGAAGGUGGCCCAAGCCCUGGAGAAAGUCCCAAUUUCGCUGAACGAAGACCUGAGCCAAGGCGACAUCAGUCUUUUCGAGACAGGAUACGAAGUUGUUCUGCCGGACGGGUGUGAUGUAAAGGACGUUCCCGGUUAACGAUGCGAUAUUUUGUGGAAUCGAAACGAAGAGAACAUUUAUAAGCGUAUACAUCAGAUUAGUCUGCGAGCAGAGGGUGUAUAUUUCAUAAAUAUUGCGUACUGAACUAUUCCAUCACAAAGCACCCAAACCCACCGUCAUAUUAUCACCUCAUCUCUUCCGGGAUGUUACCUUCAAUUUCGGAGUGACGAACAAAAUAAGUGAGGAACUGCGAAGAGAUCGCAGAGGAUCUCAAUAGAUAAAUUAUCGUAAGGCGGUGCUGUUAUUUUUGACUGGAUCAGCUCCCGAGCUGUCGGAAGAGGUGGUUCGAAUCCAGAUAUAUACCGACAGAUAUACACCACAUAUGUA